AUGUCGGAAAGUUCAGUUCAUUUGUUAAACCAAGCAGCUGGGUAUGGUGUUUUAAUUGGUGUUGGAGCAGUGUUUGCUGGAGGUAUGAUCUUAACUACAUUUUUGUUACAAAAAUACCUUCAUGAGAACGCAAAUAGUACUGAAACAUUUUCUGUUGCAAAUCGUUCAGUGGGUACUUUCCUUUCAGCAUCAGCAGUUUAUUCGAGUUGGAGUUGGAGUACAGAAUUUUUAUUUGUAUCACUGAUGACUUAUAAUUAUGGGGUACAGGCUGGGUAUUAUUACGGAGCUGGUCUUGCAAUUCAGAUUGCGGUGAUGAGUGUUAUUGGUAUUCAUGCUAAGAAAAGGAUUCCAACAGCACAUACUUCAUUAGAAGCUGUGCAAUUGCGAUAUGGUAAGGCAGCACAUUUACUUUACUUGGUGUUAUCUUUGAUUUGUAAUAUUUGUUCUUGUCUGGCAAUGAUUUUGGCAUGUGCAUCUGGUAUUUCUAUUAUUGCUGGUAAUCUUCAUAUUGUUGCCUCUACAAUGUUGAUUCCAUUUGGUGUUUUAUUGUAUACUGUGGUUGGUGGGUUGAAAGCAACUUUCCUUACAGAUUUUGUCCACACCACAGUAUUGCUCAUUGUUUUGUGUUAUAUAAAUACUGCUGUUUUGACAUCAGAACAAGUUGGUGGGAUAGAUGGUUUAUAUGACAAAAUUCUUGAAGUCAGUAAAACUAAAUUUAUUGAGGGAAAUUAUGAUGGAUCAAUUCUUACAGGGAAAUCAAAAGGGUCAGUAAUAUUUGGAUUGGUAUUAACUGCUGGUAAUUUUGGAUUAACAGUCAUGGACUCUUCAUUUUGGCAGAAAACAUUUUCAGCCAGUCCUAGAGCUACAGUUCCAGCUUAUCUUUUAACGGCAUUUUUAAUAUUUUCCAAUGUGUGGCCAAUUAGUGCCAUUAUUGGAGGGUCACUGCAUUUUUUGGAAUCUGAUCCAUCAUUCCCCACAUAUCCUCGAAAGAUGACACAAUAUGAAAUUGAUUCUGGAUUUGUUUUACCUUAUGUGUUAAAAGCAAUUUUAGGGAAUGGAGGGGUUGGUGCAUUAUUAUUGAUUUUGUAUUUAGCAGUCACAUCAACUGUUUCUGCUCAAAUGGUUUCGGUAUCUUCGAUUGUCUCAUUUGACAUUUACAAAAAAUAUAUUCACCCUAAUGCACAAAACAAGUCUAUGAUCAAUGUUUCCCAUAUAACUUGUGUCGUGUUUGGGUUGGGUAUUGCUGGAUUCAGUAUUAUGCUACAUUAUGUUGGUGUCAAUAUGACUUGGUUUGGAUAUUUUAUACCCAUGGCUAUUUGUCCAGGUGUUAUUCCAUUGAUUUUCACUGUUACAUGGGACAGACAAACAUUUUGGGCAGCAUUUAUUUCUCCAAUUGUUGGGUUUGCUGCAGGGUUAGCGGUGUGGAUUUCAACAGCUUAUCACUUUUAUGGAUCAGUCACCAUAGAAUCAACUGGUGGUCAAUUACCAGCAUUAUACGGGUCAUUAACAGCGUUGUUGUUGCCUGGAAUAUUGAGCAUUAUUAUUUCAUUUAUUAAACCAGAAAAAUUUGACUGGAAUAAAUUGAAACAAGUGAAUUUGAUAGUUGAUGGUGAUAGUUCAUCUGAAGUAGAUAUUGUUGGUGACACACCAAUUACUCCUAAGGAAAAGCAAGAUGGGGUAGAUGUGAAUUUUGAAUCUGAUGAAGCAUCUAGUUUGGAACAACAACAACAACAACAAAAGCUGCCUUCUCAAUUAACCGAUCGAGAAAUCGAUUUUUGGAUCAAAAUAUCUACUGGUUCUGUGGUUUUUAUAUUGUUAGUUACUUGGGUCAUUUGGCCAAUGUCUGUGUAUCGAGAUUGGGUAUUCACAGGAGCGUACUUUAAAGGGUAUGUCACUGUUGCUUUAAUUUGGUUAUAUACCACAUUGAUUGUGAUUGGAUUGGUACCAUUUUAUACCGGAAGACAUUCAGCUGCUAAAGUGUUUAGAGGUGUCUAUAAUGACUAUAUCAAAAGAAAGUAG